UGCUGUGGAGACAGGAUAUUCAGCUGGGCACAAAUCCAAUGUGACUUUUGGAUGGACUGAUUGUCGUCAUGGCGCUCAAUGGGACACUGAAUGCACAUCAGAUUGAUGUUCUCUCUAAUGUGUACAUAGCGUUUCUUUCUCCAAGCUUAAUCGGGAGCUUUUCUGUCGUGGCGGUUUCCAUAUUUAGAUGGAGGCGUCUACAAGAGCAGGUACAUGUCCUCGUGCAGCUGGCGUUGGCGGACUUCCUGGCUGCUCUGAUCCUGAUGGGCACCAGCGUCAUGAAUAAAGUCACUAAUGACAGGAGCGUAGAAAUUUGUGAAUACAGCUUGCCUCUGUCUCUGACAUUUUAUUUCGUAUCCUUCCUGCUGGCGGUCGUUUACGCCUGGAAGUCGAAGAAUGCAAUUCAAGGAUGGAGAGAAUGUGGCGCAGAUGAUGAGGUUGUACAGAAUCGUUGCAGACGAACAAUAGCAGCUUUCCCUGUAUAUGUUUUUGUGUGGUUGAUCCCAAUUGCAAUGUACUUAGUAUAUAUGUUCACUGAUUUCAUAACAACUGCCACGGUGAUUCCACCCAGUGAUAGAUCACUGACCGCCUCAGACAAAGACGACAGCACGUACUGCACCAGCUGUAUUCUCUUCUUGCACGUCUGGAAGGAUUCCUGCUCAGGUCCUGAGAGAAUCCAUGAUGAUUUCAUCAAAGCUUUUCUUUUCAUCGCGGUGAUACCUGUGAUGGUACUUUGCGCUGUCAUUUACUAUAAGGUUGGUAAAUGGUAUAAAAGAAAGACGACUGCGCAGCUGGAGCUUUAUGCCCCGGAAGGAGAUGGGCUUUCAACACGGAGAUUUAAUAUUAUGUUUUCUACAGCGAGGAACAUGGUGAUGGUCAUCAUAUUCUGUUGGGCACCAGUUCUUGUCCUCAUUGUGAUGACCUGGACAAGCAUUGAACAGCACAGCUAUUUUGGCCUUUACAUACUACAGGCUAUCUGCGUGUCCAUACAAGGAUUUCUGAACAGUAUGGUUUACGCCUGGAGACGGCCAAACUUCACAGAUGCUGUUCUCGGGGAGACCAGACGCCUGUUGCAACAUAAUCAACCCUACUUUGAAGAGUCACUAAGGCCCUCCUUGACUAGUGACUCGGAGCACACAGCAGGAUGUUGUUGCUUCAGAACAUACUGGCCUCAGGAAGACUGAUCCAAUGCUUGCACACUUUAAAACUUAAUGACAUUUAAGAUUGAAACACAAAAUGCCUUCAUUUGUGGAUUGAAAAUGAAAAGAAAGAAAAAAAUUAAGAAACACAACAAAGACUAUCUGAACAAACAACUGAGUGUUUAGAUUGCAGCUGCUGAUUUGUCAUGUAUUAAACAAAGUCAUAUUAGCAUAUUGUAGCAUAUAUAUGGUGUCAAAAGUCCUCUGGAUCAACUGUAGAAUUUUGUUUUAUUUCUACAUUUGCUGUUAGAGUACUGUUUUAGGAAAGAUUUAAAUUAUGUUAUGCAUGUAAGACUUUUGGAUGUCUGUGUGUCUAUAUUUUAUCACAGUUUUUUUGCUUGUUUUAUUUAAAGUAGUGUGCUUUAAAACCACUCAUUUUAUUAGUGUUUUGAUAUUUCACCAUCCUUCAGAACUCAAAAUUUGUCAAACCUGCUGGGCUUGAGUUCUUUGCAGUCACUUUUAUGUCAUCUCAGAGGUACAUUUCCCCAACAAUAUAGAGUUCAGUCUCUGAAGUCUACAGGUGUUCAAGCACUGAGGAAUGCUGAGUUGGUGUAUGCAACAAAGAGAACAGAAUGUCUCUUAGGUAAUGCUUGUGUCCUACCACAACUGUUAAAGUGAAAUCAAAGUCAUCAAAAAAUCGAUUCUGUUUGAACGACUGAGGUCACAUACAAGGCAUAUCUGAUAUAAGUCGUGAGGAAAAGGUUUACAUACACUUGUAAAAACCUGGGCAUAUCAGGGCAGUCUUGUAUCCACUGAUUCCUACAGCUUUUAAUUUUCUAUGAUGUAAUGACUGAAACCUGUACAUCUUUGUCACAAUAAACAAUCAUGCAUUUAAA